CGGUGGGAGACAGACCACUUCAUCCCCGUCGAUAAGUUUAAGUCGCCGCCUCGGCGGCGUUUCAUCAAGUGUCAAUUACGAUCGGAAAUCAUAGUUUUCUCAUCUAUCGGUUAACCUGAAACAGUCGUCGCCGAUGGCCGAUCAGUUAAGGAGCAGGCCCUUGAACGUGUACCUCUACAUUCCCAACAUUAUUGGCUACAUAAGAAUUCUGCUAAAUUGUAUUGCAUUCGCGCUGUGUUUUGUCGAUAAAAAGUUAUUUUCUGUUCUCUACUUCAUCAGCUUCGUCUGUGAUGCUUUGGAUGGUUGGUUUGCCCGCAAAUUCAAUCAAGUGUCAACAUUUGGAGCAGUUCUGGACAUGGUAACUGACAGGAUCAGCACUGCUUGUCUGCUGGUGAUUCUCUCCCAAGUAUAUAGGCCUGGUUUGCUUUUCUUGUCUUUGCUUGCGUUAGAUAUUGCGAGCCAUUGGUUGCAAAUGUAUAGUACCUUCUUAGUAGGCAAAACUAGUCAUAAAGACGUAAAAGACAGCAGUAACUGGCUGUUUAAGGCUUACUAUGGAAACCGAAUAUUUAUGGGCUAUUGUUGUGUGUCCUGUGAGGUUCUUUACAUCACUUUGUUCCUUCUUCCACAGAACCAGACUGAAAACCUCUUUGAUGUUCUUCUAAGCGCUGCAACCAAGAGUUGGCUUUAUCUCGCUCUAAUUGCCCUUCUCAUACUUGGAUGGUCAAUUAAGCAGUUUGUUAAUGUCAUACAGAUGAAAUCGGCUGCAGAUAUUUGUGUGCUUUAUGACAUCAACAAAAAACAAUAGUUCGAGGGGAGAAAGACUGUUUGAAGUGUUGCAUACUUGCAUUGGUCAUUUUGUUAACAGAAUCAAGACAUGAACUGGUUAAUAGUGACUCUGUUUAGGCAAAUCUUUUGUGUAUGGUUGUAAAAUGUUUAGGCUUUUCUAUGCUAUAUUCCAAAUUGUGUAUACACAGUUAGUACAGUUGAAUAUAUAACAUUAAAGCUUAAUUUUUU